AUGGCUACGUCGUUCCGGCCGCCGGGGAGCCGGCUGCUCCGCACGUACGGGGCCGGGGGCGGCGGGAGGCUGCGGCGACGGCCCUGCGAGGCGGCCGUCCACUGGUUCUCGCCGCAGGACCGGGGGCGCUUCUUCAGCAGCGCCAGCAGCGAAGCGUCGUCCCCGUCCGUCGCCUCCGACGACCCCGACGAUCCCGACUUCCGCGGCAGCCCGGAGGCCCGGCCCCGCAGGCGGGAGACCCGGUCCCGGCGCACGGUGACCGCUCGGCCUUGGCGCCCGAGGCUACGAGCGCGGCCCCCGCAGCAGUGCAGCACUCCGUGCGGCCCGCGCCGCCCGCCGCCCUUCCCGGGCCCCAGCCCCGGCCGAGACCCCGGCUUGUGCGGCCUGCCGGGGGGCGGCGGCGCCCUGGACCCCAGCGCCUCCCUGUUCAGCUCGCCGGCCCCAUCUGGGUCCCCGGGUUCGCUGGAUGCAGCCCCGCGCGGCCGCCGCCUCCCCGCACCCUUCCCGGCCACGGGAGGAGGCAGUGUCGUCCGGGAGACUCGCGGAGCGCGCGGCGGCCCCCGGCCGGCCCCCCGCAGCCCCACAGAUUUAUUGGGAAGCCUAGAGGGCGCUGAGUGCGGGCCCGCGGCCGAGGACGCCACGGGGCCGCGGCAGCGAGAGGGACUGGAGGGCCCGAGCACAAGGAAGAGCCGGGCCGCAGACCGGGGGGCCAGAGGCUGCCGGGGACUUAACUCACCUGGGGAAGUCGACAGGCCUGUGAGAGCCCGCCCAAGCCGGAAAAGGAAACAUCAAGAAGGUAUGGAGACCUCCGCUCUCCAUUAUCACCAGACUGAAAACGGCCCAAAGAUGGGAAGAGAUUCGUUCCUGUCCGAGAAUGUGACUCAUCGAGACAAAGCCUGCUCUUGGGCCAAAACCAGGGCCUCCUUAAACCUCCACAAGAAGAAAGUUGUGACUGAUGUGUCAGAGGUAUGCAGCAGCCACACCAUGGCCACUUCUCUCUCAGCAUCCCUAUCAGAGUGUUCAAGCCCUUCUAUCAUGAACAGAACGAAUAGUGCACUUUUCUCUUGGCAUUCCUCUUUUAUGCAUUUGCUAAGCCCCUUAAAGACUGUACAUGUUCCAGACAGAAAGGCAUCUGAUGCUGAAAAGGUGUAUGGGGAAUGCAAUCAGGAAGGUCCUAUCCCCUUUAGCUCUUGCUUUCCCAUAGAAAAACUGGAACACUGUGAGAAGAUUGGGGAAGGGGUGUUUGGUGAGGUGUUUCAGACAAUGGCUGGCCAAACACCUGUAGCACUAAAAAUCAUUGCCAUUGAAGGAUCAAAUUUAGUGAAUGGAUCACAUCAGAAAACCUUUGAGGAAAUCCUGCCAGAAAUUAUCAUUUCCAAAGAGUUAAGCCUCUUGUCUGAUGAGGCAUGCAACCGCACAGAAGGCUUUAUUGGGUUGAACUCAGUGCACUGUGUCCAGGGGUCUUACCCUCCCUUGCUCCUCCAGGCCUGGGAUCACUAUAACUCAACCAAAGGGUCUCAGAAUGAUAGGCCUGACAUUUUUGAGGAAGACCAACUCUUCAUUAUACUGGAAUUUGAGUUUGGUGGCAUGGACUUAGAGCAAAUGAAAACAAAGUUGUCCUCCCUUGCUACUGCAAAGAGCAUUUUACACCAGAUCACUGCCUCCCUCGCAGUGGCAGAGACAUCACUGAACUUUGAGCACCGGGACUUGCACUGGGGAAAUGUGCUCUUAAAGAAAACCAACCGCAAGGAACUCCACUACACCCUCAAUGGAAAGACCAACGCCAUUCCCACCCAUGGUUUGCAAGUCAACAUCAUUGACUAUACCCUGUCCCGCGUGGAGCGGGAUGGGAUUGUUGUUUUCUGUGACAUUUCCACAGAUGAAGAGCUAUUUACAGGUGAAGGUGACUACCAGUUUGAGAUCUACAGGCUCAUGAGGAGGGAGAACAACAACUGUUGGGAUGAAUAUCACCCUUACAACAAUGUCCUCUGGCUACAUUACCUCACAGACAAGAUUCUGAAUCAAAUGACCUUUAAGUCCAAAUGUAACACCCCUGCCAUGAAGCAAAUGAAGAAGAAGCUCCAACAUUUCCACAAGACAGCGCUGAACUUCAGAUCUGCCACUGACUUGCUCUGCCAACACAGUCUGUUUCAGUAAGCCAGUGUAUCUUACUCCCUUAAACAGAGGGGUCCUGGUCUUGAAGCCUCUGGUGCGGUUUUUCAGUUUCCAUCCCGAAUCUCAGGGUGGAAACUGAAAUUUUGGUUGAGUUGGUUAAGGUUGUUGUUAACAGAUGUUCUUUAAACUACCUAUGAGAACAAGUAUUUACAACCUGUAAGUCUGCUUCCUACUUGUCAGCAAAAUCCAUCUGUAAAGUGCAUAUUUUUGUUUUUGAGCCUUGAUCUUUUAUGUAGCCUGAGCAAAGUGCGAACAAUCAGGAAAGCCCAGGCCUCAGCUGUUAGGCUGAGUUGCUGCUUUAGGUAUUAGGCUGCCUUUGGGAACUGGACAAAAGAUAGUCAACUGAAAGCAAAGAGGCUUUAGGAAAGACUAGAGGGAGAGAAAGGGAAGACAAUUUAUAGAGGGAAGUGUGGGAUGUUUUUCAAGUUCUCAAAGCAGAAUUUCAAUUUUCAAAAGGGAAAUAAACAUUUUCAUGG